ACCAACGAGCCAGCAUGUGUGUGUAAAGAGGAAUGGUGAGGAGGGAGUUUCUGUUAAACAUGAGAGGUUAGAUGAAGACUUCUGGAGAUCCAUCCCAGCUGCUCUGAGGACACAAGAAGCAGAAGCUCCGCUCAGAUAAACUCCAUUAUCAAGUCGAGUUUGGCGGCAAAAAGAAUACUUUGUUACAUUUGUCUUUUGUUUGAACGCCCGGCACGAGAGGGAAACCAGGAAAUAACGCGCGGCUGGCAUCUGGAAAUUGAACAAAAAUGAAGAUGUAUGCUCCGUCUGAGUCGCUGGCGUACAGGAGGCGCUGGUGGAUGGCCGUCACAGCCGUGUUGGAGAAUCUGUCGUGUUCAGCCGUGCUGUUGGGCUGGGGCUCUCUGCUCAUCAUGCUCAAAGGACAGGGCUUUUACUCCCACCUGUGCGAAGAAAAUAAGACUGAGAGUGUGAAUGUAAGCUCACCAGAUGAUUGGCCCAGUUGUGUGGAACAGGAAGAAAUGCUGAACUUGGGCUUCACCAUUGGCUCAUUUCUGCUCAGUGCCGCCACAUUGCCUUUGGGUAUAUUGAUGGACCGGUUUGGCCCCAGGCCUCUGCGCCUCGGUGGAAGUGCGUGUUUUGCGCUCUCUUGUGGGAUGAUGUCCAUAUCAGCCUAUCAUCCAGAAGUCCUCUCUGCACUCAUUUUUCUGGCUCUUUCACUCAACGGCUUCGGAGGGAUCUGUCUGACCUUCACAUCUCUCACGCUGCCAAACAUGUUUGGAAGUCUGAGCUCUACUGUUAUGUCUCUGAUGAUUGGCUCCUAUGCUUCAUCGGCCGUCACCUUCCCUGGAGUCAAGCUGAUAUAUGAUGCCGGGGUCUCGUUUACUGUUAUCAUGUGGAUGUGGGCUGGUCUGGCAGCUCUGGUCUUUCUCAACUGUUUCCUGAACUGGCCAGAAAAAGGCUUUGCUACACCGGAAGAGAUUGAGAAUAGGAAAAAGAUGCGUUCAGAUGAAAACCACAAGUCUUCUGUUGAAGAAGCGACGGGAGAAACGGAGAAACUGUCGGCUGAAGCUCAGGACGCACAACCUUCGGUGCCGUUCCGGCGCUCCGUGUUCUCUCCCAUCUUCUUGUGGAGUCUGAUCACUAUGGGAAUGACUCAGCUGAGAAUCAUCUUCUUUAUGGGAGCCAUGAACAAGAUGCUGGAGUUCCUGGUGACCCACGGAGAGCAGCACCCUUCUGGAGUACUGGAGCAUGAGGCUGAGGAGAAAGUGAGCUUCUACUCGUCCAUCUUCGGCACGCUGCAGCUCUUGUGUCUGGUCACCUGUCCUCUGAUCGGAUACAUCAUGGACUGGAAGAUGAAAGAGUGCGAGGUGGAUCCGAAGACGGCGCGGGGAGAAAAAGAAUCUGCUGCGGUGCCGAAGCGUGACGGAAAGAUCCAGAAGCUGACCAACGCCAUGAGAGCCUUCAUCUUCACUAACGUGCUGCUCAUCUUGUUUGGGAUCCUCUCGCUCGUAGACAACCUUCCUCUACAGAUUCUGACGUUUAUUUUGCACACUAUGGUACGAGGUUUCAUUCACUCGUGUUGUGGAGGACUUUAUGCUGCUGUGUACCCGUCCAAUCACUUCGGCACACUAACAGGGCUGCAGUCUAUGAUCAGUGCAGUGGUGGCUCUGCUCCAGCAGCCGCUCUUCAUUAUAAUGGUGGGACACUGCAAUGGAGACGCUUACUGGAUCAACGUGUGCCUUCUGAUCUUCUCAUUUGCCGGUUUCUUGUUGCCGGGGUACUUGUUCUACCACCGCAGCCGGCUGCUUCAGAUGAAGGACGGGGUAAAAGCAAACGGACACACGCUUGUUGAGAAUAAACCGCUAAACCAUCCGCUGGUCAACGGACACAGCAACGGUCACGUCCCGCUCGAAGACUAGAGGAGCAUCAAGGGACUGUCACGGGACCGUUCACAUUUCAACAUGCCAUCCUCAUUAAACACCAAACCCAUUCUGUUUUUUAUUUGUUGUUGUUGAUGUAUGAGAGACAUUCGACUGAUGAAGCGAACGUCAGAUCAGUGUUGUCUUGUUCCAUGACUCAACAGUAUUUAAACUGGAGCUGUGCUCGAGAAAACAAUGCAAUGUUUUUAGAGAAAUUCUUCUUGAACUUUGCACACAUCGGCUGGAGCGGCGUCCGUCUGCUCGGCGUCUUCACCAAAGAGAGAGAGCGACGCUCGAUUGUGUUUAUCUAUCUUUUGGAAACUUGAGAAACAGUCAACAUCUGCACCAAAGACACUGCUUCUUGAACCUCAGGUUCGCUACGUUAUAAGUGUUAUCCCAAACGAGAUUCCUUCUGUGUUUGUAUUCAGCUUUUCUAUGCAUUUUAGUUUUAGUCACUGAAAGGGAAAUGUAUUUUUGUAUUUCUGUGAAGCUUGCAGUAGAUGUGCUCUGUAAAUAGUGUGAGAUGAUAUUUACGGUUAGUUUGCGGGAUGGGGUUUAGUGGGUUUUUUAAAGGUCAGGGUGCAGCCGGGAGGAGCUAUAGAUGAUGUGCUUACAGCAGUCUCUCUUUCAGAUGUUUCGUGUGAGUCGAGUGCCUUACUGUGUGUUAAUACUGAAUGUGGGAAACCAAAGCCAUUCUUAGACAUGGAUGCAGUGAAGCCGUAUGGGAGCAGUGGAAGAAAGCACCAAAAAUAAAUCUGCAGUCAGUC